AUGGAAUCGCUCGUCUAUGAGAACUCGCCUUUGGCGGACUACCUCCAGGGGGAAGGCGAACACGACCCAAACUGGCCUGUCAAGGAGACAGACCAUAGCGAUGAUUUCUCCGAUUCCACGGCUGCGGAUUUUGCCCCACGAGGAGUUUCGAAAUUCCAGGAGCGUAUUCGGAAUAAACUACCCAAGCCCCUUGAACGGAGAGUCUCGCGACAGCGGGCAGCUCUGGGUCGACUCUAUGAUGUCUGCACGUCUGCUCUGAACUCCCGCGUUGGACGAAGCGACAACGAAAGAUUCCUGGAACAGUUCGGCUAUGUCAUCGUUGCGUCUCAGCUGCUGAACGAACACUCUGCGCCCUCUUACACAUCAGCUGCAGAUGUGAUGUCUACGGCUCUUCCAGCAGACCUUCCAUCGAUCUCCACCACGUUUGGCAUACAAGGUGCUGUUGUCACGGCCUCGACUUCUUUCUCCGUAGCUUGGUUGUUACAUUGGAGCCGGUCUCGAACCUCGUCUGGUCUUAACCCUCGGAAAGUCGGAGUUUUGUUGGUUCUCGUGCCCGUAAUUGGGGUUCUGUUUUAUGCAUUCGCCAAGCGACAGUGGCUUAAAUAUUUGCGUCAUCAAGCUGUUGACGCAGCUGUGACUUUUAUCAGCAACGCUCAAGGGUUUGACUCUGCCGCUUCCGCAUCGGUUGUAUUCAUACAGGAAGUUGAGUUGGUCUCAAGAGGCUACCGCAUAAGCACACCGUUGCCCCCAGUAAGCCGACUCGAAGAUCAGACGCAAACGCGACGAUGUCUGAGACUGCGCCGAACUGUGUCGGAGUCGUUCUAUCUCAUGCUAGGCCAGUACAUCCGGGCCCAACAUACCCUACGCCCACUUACCGAUGCCACCAACCUCGCCAAGUAUUACGAUAUCUACGAUAUAUCAGAGGAGGAGCUUAUGGAGGCCCAGGCAGCGUUCGAUGAGCGAGCCACCGAAGAUCAGUACUCUCUACGCGCCCUUCGCACACUUUUCGGAAGGCUUUACAUCGUGAGAAAGAGCAUCCUCUGUUGUCUUCUCGCGCUCGGCGCAGAUGGCGGCGGGUCCGAUAUUGCUAGAUGGACCACGGCAGUUGAGCAGAUGCGGGACCUGGCCCAUGUGACCGGCGAGAACAUCCACAAGAUGACCAACAUCCUCAACGAGGACGAUCGUGAUGUCAUCCCGCCUUCUCCACUACCAACAGCUUCGCCCAACAAGGACAAUCUCCGUGCACAAUACCGAAAUAUCAAUUCGCUCUCCCAGGGAAUUCGUGCGCUUCACGCAAAGAUGCACAUCCUCAAGGAGGCAUCUAGCUCUAACCUCGAGCGACCGGAUGCUGGUGAAUUCGAGGCGAGCCUCAUGCCUCAGUAUGAAUCCAUUGGAGCGGACAUUAGAAGCCUUCUCCAGGAGUGGGAGUCGGGAAAAUCCGCAUUGAUGAGUAGUUUGGAAAAACCCGCAAAUCCGGAAUUUUCGCGACCCUCGAGCUUUUUGAAAACACCCCUGUCACCCACACCCAGCCUUGGGGGCUCUACUGCAGUCGAGGGCAGCCCUGCAGACGCCCUUCGAGCGUUGACUGGCGAAAACACAGAUCCCAGCAUCGUUCAUACACUAGAUGAUGAGGAGGAAAUUUUUGAAGCCGUAGCUCUUCCGGCUCGGAACAAGAGGAUGUCAUUAACCCGAGAAGAACGAAUCGCGCGAGUCAAGGAAGAUAGAGCGCGACAAGCAGCCGCUCGGGAGCGCACUGAUGCCAAUACAAACAUGCUCAAGGAGCUAGAAAUGGUAAUCAAGCAACGACCUCGUACCACAAUAGCUGCGAAACGUGUCACAAGCAUCUGA